AUGGCUUGUGGCCCCACUCUUUUGGCUUCGCGACUUCAUAGUUUCCGCUCUCCCAAUGAUGGGGUCUGCCAGGCAACUCGGCGCCCAACAGAAGUGAAGGUUGCCAGUUUUCAGCUAGUGAAUUUUGGCCAAAUGCCUGAUGUCCUUGAACGGCCCUUCCCGACCAUGCUGCUGCUUUUUCACCCUGCAACCUAUGCUUCCAAGGUCUUCUUGCCUGCUCUGCAAGAGCUGGACCGUGUGUUCAGAUCAGUGCAGCUGCCGGUGAGUGUGGCAGCGCUGGACCUCACAGCAUCGCCAGCUCCUCCAGAGUCCUUUUUGAGAGAAUAUCCAUCGGCAGUGGCCCCACAUUUGCAGCUGAUCCUACCACGCUCCAUGGAUGGGGAGGCUGGUGUAGUUGACUACGAUGGCAUGUGGAGCUCUCGUGCGUUAAGCACAGCAGCUUGCCGCCUGGCUGGCCCUGCAGCCGAAAUACCUGUGGAGGAGAUUGAAGCAUUGGAACUGAAGAUCCAACGUUUGCGGAAUUUGCUCUUCGAGUUGCUCUUCUUGGAGGAACUGAAGCCCGAGCAGGCCUCCAGAUUCCAGCGCUGGUUCGGCAGACAGGACAGAGCAGCCAGAGAAUGCCGUCGCCAGCAGGUGGUAAAGGAGGUGGAGCAGAGCAUCGACAUCUACAGUGGUCACUUGGCUUUCUUAGCAGGCUGGGCUCAGCUCAGAAUGAGGAACUCUCCAUAUGUGCUUGCUUCAAGCCCACUGCGUUGA